GACCUGGCUUACCGAGAGUACAGCCGGCGCAGAUCCCUCUGUCUGCUCACUCGCGCGCCCCUGUCGCACUUCUCUCGGUCCGGCGUCCACCUCCGCGACCCCUCAGCCCAAUGAAACUGGCUGCGAUGAUCAAGAAGAUGUGCCCGAGCGACUCGGAGCUGAGCAUCCCGGCCAAGAACUGCUAUCGCAUGGUCAUCCUCGGCUCGUCCAAGGUGGGCAAGACUGCCAUCGUGUCGCGCUUUCUCACGGGCCGCUUCGAGGACGCCUACACGCCCACCAUCGAGGACUUCCACCGCAAGUUAUACUCCAUCCGCGGCGAGGUCUACCAGCUCGACAUCCUGGAUACGUCGGGCAACCACCCAUUCCCCGCCAUGCGGCGCCUCUCCAUCCUCACAGGAGACGUUUUCAUUCUGGUGUUUAGCCUGGACAACCGCGACUCCUUCGAGGAGGUGCAGAGACUCAAGCAGCAGAUCUUCGACACUAAGUCUUGCCUCCAGAACAAAACCAAGGAGAACGUGGACGUGCCCCUGGUCAUUUGCGGCAAUAAGGGUGACCGGGACUUCUACCGCGAGGUAGAGCAGCGCGAGAUCGAGCAGCUGGUGGGCGAUGACCCCCAGCGCUGCGCGUACUUUGAGAUCUCGGCUAAGAAGAACAGCAGCCUGGAACAGAUGUUCCGCGCGCUCUUCGCUAUGGCCAAGCUGCCAAGCGAGAUGAGCCCCGACCUGCACCGCAAGGUCUCAGUGCAGUACUGCGACGUGCUGCACAAGAAGACGCUGCGGAACAAGAAGCUGCUGCGGGCUGGCAGCAGCUGCGGUGGCGGGGGCGGCGACCUGGGGGACGCCUUUGGCAUCGUGGCGCCCUUCGCGCGCAGGCCCAGCGUGCACAGCGACCUCAUGUACAUCCGUGAGAAGGCCCGGGGUGGCUCCCAAGCCAAGGACAAGGAGCGCUGCGUCAUCAGUUAGGAGUCUCUGCCGCGCUGGCGACAAAGUCUGAGGACCCUUUUUGUUUAAAAGUCAAGUCCGUCCGCCAGCCCUGUGUGUCCCGGUCCGCGCGGCGAGCGCACGUGUACUGGCGUCUUCCCUCCCAGCGACCCGGGGAAGCGCCACCGAAUGGAGAAGGGACGGUCAUCUGCUCUGGAAGGAAAGAGAACUGGCUAGGACUGGGUCUCCUCCCCAUCCCCCCAUCGGUGCCCGCCACCCCCCGCGACUAGAGGGGCAAAGGCCCAGCAAAGCGUGGACUUGUUUCUCGCGAAAACCUAAGCAUGAGAGUGGGGAGGGACGCCAUGGAGUCAAUCAGUCACGGCCAAGCUUCAAGAAACUGUCCUGCUCGAGGGUCAGGACAGCUGGGCAUUAUCUCAUCUGUGAUUCCAGGUUGCCAUGAUAGCUGGCAAAGCUCCUACCCUCCGAGAACUAAAGGGGGUGUGGGUCAAAUCAGCCAAGUGACUUGUUUACAUGUGUGUGAGUGAAAUUGCAUAAAGGGAAACAAAACAUAAAACUUGCACUUUAA